AUGGUACCGGCACGCGACCAGGUGAAAUUUAAAUUGACGAAACCAAAGCCGGCAACUGAAUUACCAUCCGCCCAACACGUGGAGAUUCAGAAGGAAAAAGCGAAAUUGGCAUCUGUAAAACAAAAACCGGAGGCACCUAAACAGGUUGAAGUGCCGGCAAAAGAUCAGGUAAAGAUAAAACAGAAAUUCCAGCCGAAAGUAAUGAAACCGUCAGAAGCAUCAGUUAUUGAAAGUGGCCCUCUGAAAGAAACGCCUGCUGUUGUCAAAGGGAAGAUUAUAGAAUCAACAGUACCUUCAAAGCAUACUGUAUUGUAUCAAAUUUAUCGUGAACGUUCUGAGCAUGCAGUUGAAGUGAACUUAGCACAACAGGAAGAUCUAAUGUCGGAAGAAUAUGCAGAACGGACAGAAUACAGUUACGGCAAUCGAAUCCGAGAACGAGUCUCGGGUUUUCGUAUUCUUCGACAUCCGCAACCUACUAAAAUGGGGCAAACUCAAAAGGUGGCACCACAAAUCUCCCAACAGUUGAAGCCAGUGCAAGCUGAAAUCGGACGACAGGCGCAGUUUAAUGUGUUGUUCAGCGGUGAUGAACCUCUUACAGUAAAAUGGUUCCGAAAUGGUAAAGAAAUCAAGCCAAGCUUCGAAUUUCAGAUCAAUACUACGACAAAAAGCUCAACUUUGACAAUCGGAAAGCUGAAGGUGGACCACAAUGGUCAAUAUAUGUGUCGUGUAACAAAUGUUGCGGGUGCCCAAGAAUCGAUGGCUAAUUUAGUGGUUGUUCCACCAACAGAACAUGGAGUAGCACCUGACUUCACACAACGAAUGGCUGAUGUUCGCGUUCAACAAAAUGCAUCAUCACAGUUCAAAUGUAUUGUUACUGGCAAUCCUGAACCUAUUGCUAGUUGGUUCAAAGAUGGUAAACCACUGCCGAAUGACGCACGAUAUCAGAUUAUCAGUGAAGGUAACGAACGUGUAUUGAUUAUAUCCGAUACAUUGCCGCAAGAUGCGGGUAUUUACGAAUGUGUAGUGAAAAAUAGCGCUGGUGAAGCCAGAUGUAAGGCUCGUUUAAAUAUAAUACUGGCAAAAACUGGUAAAGGAGCCGAAGUUGGACCUCGAUUGGAGGCACCUCGAUUCCAAUCCCAAAUACAGCCUGUUGUGGUUGCUGAGGGUGAACCAGCACAAUUUAAAGCAAACUAUACUGGUUCUCCUGAACCGAUGAUUCGAUGGUAUCGCAAUAAUGAGCCAAUCAAAAAGACGAAAUAUUUCGAAAUGAGUCAAGGUAAUGGUGAGGCGGUAUUACGCAUCACGAAGUGUUAUCAGGAUGAUGUAGCCGAAUAUAAGUGUGAAGCAACGAAUCCAGCUGGUAAAGCAACGAGUGUUGCCAACUUACUUUUACAACCAAAAAGUGGUGUUGUAAUGCGAACGACAACUGCGGCAUCUUCUUCUGCAGCUGGUGAUGUACCAAAUAGUACUGUUGUUGACAGCGCUCAAAUGAAGAAAAAAGCUCCAUCUUCUGGCGCACCGCAGUUUAUUUUAAAACUUUCGGAUAUAACCGCUCGACCAGGACACACGGUAAAGUUUGUUGCCGAAAUAUCAGGUAAUCCACAACCGACUAUUGCAUGGCAGUUUAACGGAAAGCCACUUUAUGAUGGACACAAUCAUAAAAUAUCAUUAAUUGGUAAUAAAGCAAUUCUGGAGUUACAACGAAUUUCAGAAGCAGAAGCUGGCGAUUAUGCCAUCAUCAUUCGAAAUCCCCUAGGUGCUUCACAGAGCCAAGCAAAGCUUAAGAUUCAGUUCCGAUAG